GAGAGGUUUGGGCUGACGUCGCUCUGGCUGAAGGUGGUUCCCCUCGGAUGAGGAUGGGAGAGCCUGGCGAGCUGAAACCCGAGCUCCCGCUCAGCUGGGGCUUAGGGAGGUCCCUGUAAGAGCCGCCUGCCCCGGGCCUCCCUUCCGUCCCUCCCCAGCAGUCGCUCAAGCACCGGCGCAGGAACGAUGGAGCUGGGCUGCUGGACGCAGUUGGGGCUCACUUUCCUGCAGCUCCUUCUCAUCUCAUCCUUGCCUAGAGAGUACACAGUCAUUAAUGAAGCCUGCCCGGGAGCCGAGUGGAACAUCAUGUGUCGGGAAUGCUGUGAAUACGAUCAGAUCGAAUGCGUCUGCCCUGGAAAGAAGGAAGUAGUGGGCUACACCAUCCCCUGCUGCAGGAACGAGGAGAAUGAGUGUGACUCCUGCCUCAUUCACCCAGGCUGUACCAUCUUUGAGAACUGCAAGGCCUGCCGGAACGGCUCAUGGGGUGGCACCCUGGAUGACUUCUACGUGAAGGGGAUCUACUGCGCAGAAUGCCGAGCGGGCUGGUACGGAGGAGACUGCAUGCGAUGUGGCCAGGUUCUGCGAGCUCCAAAGGGCCAGAUUUUGUUGGAGAGCUACCCUCUAAAUGCUCACUGUGAAUGGACCAUUCAUGCCAAACCUGGGUUCAUCAUCCAGCUAAGGUUCAUCAUGUUGAGCCUGGAGUUUGACUACAUGUGCCAGUAUGACUAUGUUGAGGUCCGUGAUGGGGACAGCAGCAAUGGCCGGAUCAUCAAACGCUUCUGUGGCAAUGAGCGGCCCGCUCCUAUCCGGAGCACAGACUCCUCGCUCCACAUCCUCUUCCAUUCAGAUGGCUCCAAGAAUUUCGAUGGCUUCCAUGCUGUAUUUGAGGAGAUCACAGCAUGUUCCUCUUCUCCCUGUUUCCAUGAUGGUACUUGCCUCCUUGACAACACCGGAUCUUACAAGUGCGCCUGCCUGGCAGGCUACACCGGGCGGCACUGUGAAAAUCUCCUUGAAGAAAGAAACUGCUCAGACCCUGGGGGGCCAGUCAAUGGCUACAAGAAGAUAACAGGAGGACCCGGGCUGAUCAACGGGCGCUAUGCAAAAAUCGGCACUGUCGCUUCCUUCUUUUGUAACAACUCCUACGUCCUUAGUGGCAAUGAGAAGAGAACUUGCCAGGAGAGUGGAGAGUGGUCGGGGAAACAGCCAAUCUGCAUAAAAGCCUGCCGAGAACCAAAGACCUCAGACCUGGUGAGACGCAAAGUUCUUCCGAUGCAGGUUCAGUCAAGGGAGACGCCAUUACACCAGCUCUACUCAGCAUCCUUCAGCAAGCAAAAACUGCAGGGUGCCCCCACCAAGAAGCCAGCCCUUCCCUUUGGCGACCUGCCUCCCGGGUUCCAACACCUGCACACCCAGCUCCAGUACGAGUGUGUGUCGCCUUUCUACCGCCGCCUGGGCAGCAGCCGCCGCACGUGCCUGAGGACUGGGAAGUGGAGCGGACGUGCCCCGUCCUGCAUCCCUAUCUGUGGGAAAGCUGAGAACAUCACUGCUCCAAAGACCCAGGGGGUGCGCUGGCCGUGGCAGGCGGCCAUCUACAGGAGGGCCAGCGGGGUGCACGGUGGCGGCAGCCUGCACAAGGACGCGUGGUUCCUGGUCUGCAGCGGCGCCCUGGUGAACGAGCGCACCGUGGUGGUGGCUGCCCACUGUGUGACUGACCUGGGGAAGGUCACCAUGAUCAAGACAGCAGACCUCAGAGUCGUCCUGGGGAAGUUCUACCGGGACGAUGACCGGGAUGAGAAGACCAUCCAGAGCCUGCGGAUUUCUGCAGUCAUUCUGCAUCCCAACUACGACCCCAUCCUGCUGGACACGGACAUCGCCAUCCUGAAGCUCCUGGACAAGGCCCGCGUCAGCACCCGCGUCCAGCCGGUCUGCCUCGCCGCCCCGCGGGACCUCGGCACCUCCUUCCAGGAGUCCCGCAUCACCGUGGCCGGCUGGAACGUCCUGGCAGAUGCGCGAAGCCCGGGCUUCAAGAACGACACGCUGCGCUCAGGGGUGGUCAGGGUGGUGGACUCGCUGCUGUGUGAGGAGCAGCACGAAAACCACGGCAUCCCCGUGAGCAUCACGGACAACAUGUUCUGUGCCAGCCGCGACCCCACCGCCCCUUCUGAUAUCUGCACGGCAGAGACGGGAGGCAUCGCCGCUGUGUCCUUUCCGGGCCGGGCGUCCCCUGAGCCACGCUGGCAUCUGGUGGGGCUGGUCAGCUGGAGCUAUGACAAAACAUGCAGCCACAGCCUCUACACGGCCUUCAGCAAGGUGCUGCCUUUUAAAGACUGGAUCGAGAGGAACAUGAAAUGAGCCUCAGCGCCACUGAGAUGCUUUUCCUGAGUCCAUCUCUAUGUGUGUUGCCUGAGACAGUGUGGACCUGAGGUUUGAUUCCGCCUGAGAAUUUGGCUGGGCCAGGGCUUCUGACUUCAGGAUCGCAACUCAGUGGAGAGUGAGUAGAGCUCACUUUUUGGUAGACCACUGCCCUCCUGGCCCCUGAGACCAUUUGGAAGACACCGUGGCUGCUUUGCAAGAACAGAGUUGGCCUCUGAAAAGACUAUGUGAAUAGCGAAGGAGUGGUCUGCCUUCCACCAGCCCGGUGGCUUUGCCCACCUGCCCUACGGUGGUGUGAAUGUCAUGGUCAGCUCUGGCGGAGAGAGCGUUGGCCAAGAAGUCUGGGUUUCAUGAGGUCUCUUCCAGGACUCUAGCCAGACCAAGUUCCAAAAGCCCGCCUGUGGGAUAGCCCAGGACAGUGGAACUUGGGUGUGGCUCUGGCUUUUGUGUACAUUGUCACUGUAAAGUGUGGCCCUUUCCUUCUCAAUCCCCUGUCCAUAUUUUAAUAAAACGACGGUUGGCUUCUGACCUACAGAACGAA